AUGACUGAAAAGUUAUCCGUAAAUUUGGCCGGAAACACAGUUCCUGAACGCAUUGGUGAUAUUUCAGUUCUGCUAAUCGAUAAUGACACUAUAUCAAUUGGAUCUCUCACUUCAAUGCUUAAGCAAUUUUCGUAUAAAGUGGUGAGCGUGAACAUGGCAAGUGAGGCUUUAUCGAUGAUCGAAAAACAAAAGGAUAUUGGACUUGUCAUAGCCAACAUUGAAAUGCCUCACAUCGACUCACAUUCCUUCCUCACUGCUUUGCUUCACAAAGAAAUUCCUCUUAUACUGAUAAGUCCCGAAAUGGACAACAAGGAAGCAUCGGAUCUUUUAACAAAAAGUGCACAUUUUUGUCUAAAGAAGCCGAUUUCUGAAAACGACAUCAAAAACCUGUGGCAGCAUGUGGUACCUAAGAAGAGCCAAGAGUUAGAGAAAAUCAACAUCACUGAACAACAAGAGAAAGUUGUGGAGAAAAGUAUACUAAAUCAGAUUGAAUCUUUUAGAGAAACCAUAAAGAGGCAGAGAACAAGUCAAUCAUCUUUGUUAGGAAGACGACCCUUCGUCAAAACAUUUACAACCCCUGAAACAUACCAAAAGAGAAAUGGCAAAAGUAAUGUUGGAAGACGAUGCAAUGUAUGGACUCAGGACCGUCAAAUGAAAUUUUUAACAGCUAUCUCCAUAUUGGGUGAAAAAGAUUCUCGUCCCAAAUCCAUAUUGAGCAUUAUGAAUGACUCAGACUUGAAUCUUCGCCAAGUCGGUAGCCACCUUCAGAAAUACAAAGCUCAAGUUGAGCUAAUGAACGAUUCAUUGUCAAAGAAUGAAUGGAGGUCAACAGAUAAGACAUUCAACUACCCUUCAGACUAUGAAUAUCCUUUCAAUGCAUCCAACUUAGCAAAGAAUAUCGUUAAAAGUAACACAAAGUGGUAUUCCCUGAAAAAGAAGGAAGCGUCCUCAUCAUCUAUCGACCAAUAUUCAUUUAAAAAAUCUGCUGGCAAAGAGAAAGCGAGGAUGAUGCCUAAAUUUCAUCUAGGUGGAAAAUUGGAUCUGAGUAAGCACUCAUUUUUUGAUAACAUGUUAAACAAGUCACCCAUGGAAGCCAAGUCACCUUCAGCCACAAGUAACAACCCACCUUCCCAUAUUUCUUCUACCAAUUAUGUUAACAAUAGUGUCUUAAGUAGUGAUAAUCCUCCUGUCCUUUCUGGUUUGCCAUCAAGUGUUGGUGCAUCUAACUAUAGUGGCUUAAGUGAUAACCCUCUUGUCCUUGCUGGUUUACCAUCAAUUGUUAGUGCAUCUAACCAUAGUGGCUUAAGUAGUGAUAACCCUCCUGUCCUUUCUGGUUUGCCAUCAAGUGUUGGCGCAUCUAACCAUAGUGGCUUAAGUGAUAACUCUCUCAUUAUUUCUGGUUUGCCAUCAAGUGUUAGUGCAUCUAACACAGAUGCAUUACAGAUUUGUACUCCUCAUUCUGAACCAAACCCAUUUCAACCUAGCUCAUCUGUUCUUGAAUUCGAUUGGAACCAACUAGAUCUUAACCAGAUGGGUAGGGUUUCUUCUGGAGAAAAUCAUGUUCUUCCUCAAGAUAUCAUUUCCAGUGUCAGUUUUGCUUCUGGUCAGACAAGUUAUGAAAACCCUUCUCAAACCAAUACGACCACCAUUCUCGAAACCAAUACAGACCAGAUGGAUUGGUUGUUUUCUGAAGAAAGUUUUCUUCUUCUUGAAGAUAUGCCUUCUUUUGAAACCAAUACAACUCAAUCCCUUGAAAUUAAUAUGGAAGAUAUGGGUUUGGUUCCUUAUAUGGAAGAUAAUGAUGUUCCGAUCGAAGAGCUGAUUUCUUUUGACAUUGAUGUCAAUGAGAUGGAUAUUGACUAUUGGUUGGGAAAUUAUGGCUCUUCUGAGGAAAAUAUUCCUUUGUCGACGAGGUAUACUAGACAUGACUCUGCCUUUAAUACCCUGACCUGCGGAUAUCAGAAUAUGGGAGCCGAAAAUCCAAGAGAGGCUAUGGAGGGAGGAGUUCAUUUUGAUGAUGAUCCUGAGGACAUGAGUUGGAUCGAUGAGAUGAUAAACGAUAAUGCAUGA